AUGCCAGACUUCACUGAUAAGCUCCGCCCGAGCCAACCAGAUGGUUCUGUAACCAUUACUCGUGAACGUGAGCAGUCGAAUGUCUCUGUUGAUGAAUUGAGUCAUUAUUUAUUAUCCUCAGAUGGAUUUCUAGAGCGCCAGGCUCGCAUUUUGUCCAUUUUGCUCAAGGAGCCGCUCUUCUCAAAAGAGAAACAGCAGAACCUGUCGCGGCCGAAACGAUUCAAGCUAGGACUGGCGCGCGCGAAAUUGUUGCGUCGUAUGGCCGAUAAAUACCAAUGGAACUACGAUGACUAUAAGAUGGCUGAAUAUUUAGUCGAUGACGUCUCUCCAUACUUCCUACACAUGGAAAUGUUUAUUACUACGAUCCGAGAGCAGGCAAGCAAAGAGCAGCGUGAAUUUUGGAUGCCUCUGAUUGAGUCAUGGAAAAUAAUCGGGGCAUACGCCCAGACAGAACUUGGACAUGGUAGCAAUGUGCGUGGUUUGGAGCUCCAGGCCCGUUGGGAUGGCCAUGCAAAAGAAUUUGUUCUGCACAGCCCAACGUUGACGGCAAGUAAAUGGUGGAAUGGAAGUCUAGGUCGAGUUGCAAACCAUGCGAUAGUUGUUGCCCAGUUACUUCUCCCCAAGUCUGAAUCGCCAGGCGAAUACGUACCACAUGGUCCUCAUGCGUUCAUUGUUCAAGUGCGCGAUAUGAAGACGCACUUGCCUCGAGACGGUGUGGUCAUAGGAGACAUUGGUCCGAAGUACGGAUACAUCACCAUGGAUAAUGGCUAUAUGCUCUUUAACAAUUUCCGAAUCCCUCAUUCUGCGCUGUUGUCUCGGUACUCCAGCGUCGAUCCUCAAACUGGCAGUUAUACCAAGCCAGAACAGCCGGCUUUAGUAUAUGGAUCUCUGACUUAUGUUCGAGCAAAUAUUGUCCACCAUGCCAGGCUAGUUCUUGCACGAGCAGUUACAGUUGCUGUUCGAUAUACUGCGAUCAGGCGCCAAUUUCACGAUCGAGACGGAGAUAAAAACGGGCCAGAGAUGUCAGUUCUGGACUAUCCCACCGUACGAAUUCGCAUACUCCCAUUGCUAGCUACAACAUUUGCACUCCAUUAUACCGGUAUGGCUAUGCGUAGUGUGUAUCAAGACACACGGAAAGACGUUGAACGAGGUGACUUCCGUUCCUUGGCCCAUAUGCACAGCAUGUCAUCCGGUUUGAAGAGCUUAUGCACAAUGCUUGCUGCCGAUGGUAUUGAGACUUGCAGACGUGCAUUAGGCGGACACGGAUUUGGCGGUGGGAGCGGUCUGAUUCAACUGAAUAAUGACUAUCUCUCCAAGCCUACAGUCGAGGGCGACAAUUGGAUGAUUACACAGCAAGUUGCAGCAUAUCUUAUCAAGAAGAUGACAUCUGCAGUACAAUCGCCAGAUACACCGGGUGUAGAUGAAACCGAUGCUCGGUUCAAAGAGUUCGUCCGAAGCAAAAGGUCCAGUCAAACUCACACCGCGUAUAAUCCUUUGGCAAACGAUCAAGACAUCGUCAAAAGUUUUGAACUUCGCGCGACCGCACUUGCAUAUGAUGUUUAUCAGCAGCGUGUCUUGAAAAAGCGAAAUUGGAAUAGUCUUCUUAUUCAACUUCACAAGCUAAGCAAAGCUCAAUCCCAGUCUAUCUUGGUUCGGAGUUUCUUUGAGGCCCUGUCUGCCGAUAACACGCUUUCGGAUCCCGUGAAGGCCGUGUUGUGGGACCUAUAUCGGCUAUUCGCUUUUUAUACCAUGGAAAAUGACGGCUACGAAUUCUUGCGUUACAAUGCCGUCUCCCAGUCUGACCUUGAUCUCCUUCCACCUCGAGUCCAGGAAUUGAUGGCGCAGGUGCGACCUCAUGCUGUCAAAUUGGUUGAUUCGUGGAUGAUUCCAGACUACUUGUUAGAUAGUGCCCUUGGACGGUAUGAUGGUCGAGUAUACGAAGAUCUCUACAAUAGAGCUCAUCGAUUGAAUCCAUUGAACCGAAUCACUUUCAACCCCAAUUAUUGGGAAGAGGAGAUUAUCAAAGGGACUGGAGAAACGGGACUUAAUAUACUGUCAAAGCUGUAG